UUCAUACCAGCACGGUUGAGUAACAAUUAACUUGGUUAUUUAUAUUAUUCUACCAACCGAAUGAACUUAUUCAAUGAGUUACGUUCACAACACGGUCAGAGAACAGUGACUGAAGUCCGAUCCUUCGAAAGUUUGGAAAGAAAGAUCGCAAGACACAAAAACCACCUAGUGUUUACGUUACGGUGUAAGGACGAAAAUAUCGUUCCGUCCAGUCUACGAUUAAAAUGCCCGAUUCGUACGAAUCGCGCCAAGGACAUUAUCGAGAAAGCAGAAAAACAACUCAUAAGAGAGAGAAUACGAUCAGUAAGCUACAAAAUCAAGCAAUAUGAAGACAACAGACUAGUGAAAAUCAAUGACCUAAAAAAAGCGCCACUAAACAAUGGACUAAGACAGCGCGUCUUGCAGCACCUCGCGCAUUCUCGUGAGACCGAAUAUAAACAAACAAAAUGGCGGCAGCAAUCGAAGUUUUCAACUCUACAGGGAAAGAAGGACAGAUCUGUGACCACAACACUCGAUUUAACAGGUACGCAACUCAAAAAGUGGGUAGUUAACAUUUCUAAAUACAAACUGACAACCGCAGAACAGUCGGUCCUAGCAAAAGGAUUAAAUUACGCCAUCACCCCAAAUAAAAUCCCCACGGAAGAAUUCAUAGUAGCCACAGAACAAGCUUGUCACUCGAUGCCGACAGCAGAAGCUGAAGAUUUACGUAUGAAAAUAGCACACACCAUGGGCAUGGCUAAACUCCCAAAACCAAAUAUCACCAAGGAAGAGAAAUCGGCCAUAUUUAAGCUGAAAAGGGAACCCAGUAUCAUGAUCCUACCAGCAGACAAGGGAAAGGCUACAGUUGUGGUGGACAAGGACGACUACGAAAAACAAGUCAAUACUAUGUUGAGUGAUGUAAGGACCUAUGGAAAAUUAAAGAAAGACCCUACAACGAAAUAUAAAAGCAAACUAGUGGCGAUUCUCCAACGUCUGAAAAGAGAAGACAAAAUUACUG